UCCUUAUUGGAUCCCAAGUUCACUUUCUAUUUUUGACAAAGAUCCCAAGUUCACGUUAACGUGCAAAUUUCCAACUCUCAAAUAGUUCCUCAAGAGGCAAUAAAAUGAAAGCCACGAGUGUUGCCUCCGUUGGAAUAGUUCCUGAAGUACUUACCUCUGACAACUACGAAAGAUGGAGUGUUUUUAUGACAAAUUAUCUGAUGGGGAAAGGUUUGUGGGACUUUGUUAGUGAGACUUCUUCACUGGAAGAAAAUAAUGAGGCAGGGAAGCAUUUGAGCAACAAAAAAGGCAAGGAGUUAGAAGCCACCCCAGAUAUUGAGCAAGGUCUCGGCGAUGCUUACCAAAGUGUUUCUAAAGUUGAAAGAGAAGUUUCUUGGAAGAAGAAGAAUGCGAAAGCUUUGCAUAUCAUUCAAAUAUCAUGUGGAAAACGCAUUCAGGAUGAGAUUUUUCAUUUUAAAAUAGCUAGCGAAGCAUGGAAUCACUUGGCUAACAUACACGGCAGAACUCAAAAAGGGAAACUGUAUCCAUUGAAGGAAAUUGAAUUGGACGAUAGCCUUGGCGAAGAACAUAAGCAUAUAUUCAGGAGGGUCGCGAGAGGUGUCCAUAUAUAUACAGAUUCAGACAUAUAUAUAAAAUCCGCUUCUGGUACGACGCUACUUCACGUUGCAGUAAUUGCUGGAAAUGUGAAAAAUGUGGAAAUGUUAGUGAAAAAAGGGAGUGACAGGUUACUACUCAUGCAAGACAAACAUGGCAACACAGCUCUUGCUCAUGUUGCCCGUUAUACUGGAAAUACCGAGAUAGCGAAGUGUUUGGUAGAGACAAAAACGGGGCUUCAUGAUAGUCUGCUAGAAAUAAAAAACAAUGAGAAAGUAAUACCAAUUCUUAUAGCUGCUGCUAAUGGAUACAAAGAACUCACUACCUAUCUUUACUCCAAAACACCCUCUGCAUUGUUCCACGGAGACGAGGGUUCACAAAAUCGUGUUUUGCUCCUUUCACUAUGCAUCACUGCUGAAAUAUUUGAUGUGGCUUUGCAUUUACUCUGCAAGUACAAAGAUCUGUUUAGUGAAGCCUUCAGAGACCUUGAGGAUUCAAAUAGUGUGUUAUUUGCAUUGGCUAAAACUCCUUCCAUUUUUCCAAGCGACAGCCGAUUUGGACUUCGAGAACAAUUAAUUUACGAUAAUUUAAGUGUAGAAAAGGAAUUUGCGGAAAAGUAUGAAAUUCCUUAUAUUGGGAACAUUGCGAGGUGGGCUACACGCAGUGGUCUUCAUGAGACUUCUUCCGGGAAAUGUUGGUCAGUUGUAGUAUGUCGCUUCUGCAGACAGGUUUUGAAUAUUUUGUUGCUGCCUUUAAGGUUAUUGGGUCGCUUGUUGGUUCAAAUUUUCUGUUAUCUAGAUAUCUUUGGAACAAGGAGAAUAUACCGUACAAAAUGCGCCCAUUAUGAAGUUCUGGCAAUAUUAUCAUACUUAUGCGAAAGUAUUAGACAAUUUAAUGAUUUACAGCUCAGACAGGUGUCGGCGUAUGAAGCCAUACUGUAUGCAGCCCAGAAUGGAAUAAUUGAGUUCAUAAAUGCAAUGAGGGAUGCUAAUUCUGAUUUGCUUUCAUCAAUGGAUAGCUGCAAUAGAGGCAUAUUUUCUUAUGCAAUUAUGUAUCGUAAACAAAACGUGUUUCAACUCAUGCUUGGUCUUGAGGGACAGAAGGAGACAUUUAGAAGAUAUGGCAUGGACAAGUUUGGGAAUAAUUUAUUGCACCUGGCAGCAUAUUUAGGUCCUUCAUUUAAUCCUAAAACCAGAUAUGGUGCUGCUCUACAAAUGCAAAGAGAAAUUCAAUGGUUCAAGGCGGUGGAGAAAAUUGUGCAUCCGACUAUGAAGGAAAACAAAAAUAAAUAUGGUAAGAAGCCUUAUGACUUAUUCACGGAAAACCAUGAGGAGCUAUUAAAAGCUGGAGAGAAAUUGACAAAAGAGACAGCUACAUCUUAUAUAGGAGUGGCUUAUAUCAUCAUUACUAUCAUGUUUGCUGCAGUCUUCACUAUCCCAGGUGGACUCAAUCAAAAUACUGGGUCACCUACCUUCUUGCAUUACAAAAUAUUUAAUAUUUUUCUCUUAGCAGAUGCAUUAUCUAUCAUUGCUUCUGCCUCAUCACUCUUAGUUUUCAUUGGGAUUCACACAUCAAAUUACACUGCAAAAGAUUUUCUCAAAGUCUUGCCGAUAAAGUUGAUGGUUGGCCUUAUGCUUCUUCUUUUCUCUAUCUGCUCCAUGUUGAUUGCAUUUUAUGCUGCACUUAAUAUGAUCUUAAAGGGGAACCACGCCAGCUCUAGGUGGUCCAUUCUAGGACCCAUCGUGUCCCUUGGUAGUGUUCCAAUUACCAUUCUCUUAGUAUCUAGGGUACGCUUGAUCUAUAAGAUUUUCCAUUCUACAAUAAAAAAUCCCAUCAGUUCUAUUUAAAAAAGGGACAAUCCAUGCCACAAAACCAAGAGUCUAAUGUGAGUGAUUGACACUCGGGCAAGUGUAGGUUUUUCCGAAUGUUUCCCUCUAUUAGUUCUUAAAGUUAUAUUUGUUAUACAAUGGAACCUUGCUUGUGGUUGAGCCGAUAGUCUUUUACAUUGGUAUUGACUGGCUUUGUUUUUUUUUUUUUUGUGGUCUUGAUGAUGGUCGCAGUGGGUUGCAUCCUUCUUGUGUGGUUGCUUCUGUUUCAUUGGUAGUAUAUUUUUGGUUUGUUGUUUCACUUUCUUAUGCUUGGUUCUUAUUUUGGGCUUCACAUUUGAUUGAAUAUCUCCUUUGAGGUCUUGAUGAAAAAGUCCUAAAUAUUGAAGUCUUGUUGACCAAGAUUGAAGUUAUGAUGAUGGAGGACUUUUUCAAUGCAAACAUAGUGGAGAUUAAAGGAAAAACACUUCACAAAUAUGGUUGUAACAACUUCACUUCAUUCAAGUUUUGUUGUUACACUUAGUGCAUUUGGAUGAUCUUGUGUAAAUGCAUUUCUUAUGACUUUUAAUUGCUGAUGAUGCACAAAAUCAGUAGUCCUUAGGCAAUAAAUAGGCCUUACAUCAUUUGUCUUUGUACCACUUUUACCAUUGCAAACCAUAGCAGAAACUCUUCUAAUUUCCUUUGCAUUUUGAUAAAGUUCUUUCUUUUAUUUCUUGCUUUCA